AUGUCCACUACAACUUCUACAAGGACGACGCCCUCCUUCGACCCGACCAGUGUGUCUCCUCGAAUACGGCCAUCGCCAAUAGCCCAUAUCCCUCGAGACGGCUUCGGCUACGGUUCGAGGUAUGGGUCCCGGACAAGCUCGAUCUCCAACGGUUCCGAUGGAACCAGGACCCCGAGAAAACGCAAAAUCGCUCUGCCAAAGACUGCUUUCAGAGAUAUAGAUCCAUUCCUUGCUCAAUACCUCAAGCCAUCUGUAAACGACAGACAUGUGCUGUAUUUCAAAUCGUUAGAGAAACAUACCAAAGUGAGGGGUUAUGACUUCUACAGUCAGUACUUCAACAAGUCAACCGUUCCAGAGAGCCCAGCUCAGAUUCUGAACUUGCGAGGAGUUAUCAAAGAGCGCCGUCGUGUUGUUUCUCCGCUCUGUAGGCAAGUUCCAACAGACAUCUAUGACCAGGACUCUAUGAGCGAAGACGACGACGAAGACGACGAUGAAGACGAAGUGAUUAUUUCUAAGGGCCAAAGGCGCAGGAAAUCUACGGGAGAGCUGGUAUCCCCUGGCCCUACAAGCAAGAAGCCACAUUCACAAGUGUUCACCGCCAGACUUCCGUCGGACUUCAUGAAGUGCUCUAUCGAUGACCUCAUCAACCUUAUUUAUCGCAUGCUUCAAUCAUUAAUCAGUCUCAAUGACAAAAGCGUUCCUGCGGUUGUAUCCAAUCCAGGCAGUGCUGACGAGAGUGACUUGACGGCGGAAGAAAAGAAGAAGCUUCUCACGAGAUUCCAUUCUAGAACACCUCCAGCCAUCUCAAUCGAAACAUACCUUGCUAGAUUGACCAAGUUCAAUAACUUCACUCAGGCCACUUUGCUCACGACCAUCUAUUACAUUGACCUUUUGUCACACAACUACCAGCCAUACUUUACGCUAAACUCGUGGACCGUGCAUCGUUUCUUGCUCGUGGCCACGAUGUUGGCGCAGAAGUCGCUUGAGGAUUUCUUCUACACCAAUGACCACUAUGCCAAAGUGGGCGGUGUAGCUCUCACCGAACUCAACUGUUUAGAGUUAGACUUCCUCACGCGGGUCAACUGGAAGUUGGUACCAGCAAAGCAAAUGGCAGACAAUACCACAUCUAUUCGGUACAGCAAGCAGGUGCUUGAUCUAUAUUACGAGCAGCUCAUCAGUUUGAUGGGCAGCAACGUUUCUGAAAACAACAACAUAGUUUACAAGCUAGCAGCAGCCGAGCAUAUAUAA